AUGAGCUGCCAUAAUGCGGACAAACACUUCUUCACUAGCAUUGGUCAUCAUAUCUGCCUCAAGCAAACCCAUGACCCUUGCUGUCAUUUGUCUCAUGAUUGCCCCUGGGAAGCUCUUUUCUCUCAGGUCAUGAAUGCUGGAGAAGUGUCCGACCUUAAACCUACGAUCGUCGGUCUAUACGGCCUUCCUGGCAUUGGCAAGUCUUACGUCCUGUACCGUCUCAAGAAAUGCUUCGGUGUUGAAAAUCAGUUCCAGUACUAUGAAGGGUCCGAGGUCAUUGGGAACCUCGUCGACGGCGGUCUAGAAGCAUUCAAGCGACUCGACAACGACGCUAAAAUACGACAACGGCAGCGAGCCAUUCAACACGUUGCCGAUGAAUGUACCGUGACUGGACGCAUUGGCAUCGUCGCCGGCCAUUACUCAUUCUGGGACGUUAAAUCUCCCUCCCAUGAGGUUGUUUGGACCGAGGCCGACAGGCGCGUCUACACGCACAUCCUCUACUUGGACAUGCCCGCUACCAUCCUAUGGAAUCAACGAACUCGCGACAAAAGCCGAAGUCGACCUGACAUACAGCUUAAACACCUUGUAAAGUGGAAGAAUGCAGAGAUGGCCGGUCUAUCACACGUCUCUCGUCUAAAUGGCAUGCAUUUUAUGCCGCUAUAUCUCGACGAGAUGGCUUCUUAUGAUGGCAUAAAUCACACUAACAGGAUGUUUUUUUCGGGUCGAAACAGCGAUCUACUGCAUACGGUGUUGGUGUUGGACGCGGAUCGAACGCUGUGCGCAGCGGACAUGGGCUCGAUGUUCUGGGAGAGACUCAAGGCAACUUCGCUGAAGCAGAAUCCUGACCGUAUGUUGGGCGGUCCGGAAAUCAUUGGAAAGCAUUGGCUCUGGGACGACCUCGGAUGUCCCCUCAAGAGGCUAUUCAGCGAGAACAACGGCUACUCCCUUGCUUCCUUUCACCGAGCCAUGUCUUUGUAUGACACUUUCUAUGACACAUGCGAGGAAGUCGCCGCGGCUGCCUCGCUAUAUCCGGAAGAGGACCUCGAUGUUAGCGUCAACAUCAUUGGCGGGGGCCGCUUCAUUGAUCGUUAUGUUGUUACUUCUAAGAUCAAGGCUGCUGUUGUCUCCCAUCUACAAGAGAAAGGCGUGUCCGUCUGGGCUUUUGGAGACAGCCCGAUGGACCUGCCCAUGCUCAAGAGGGCCGACCAAGCUAUCGUCGUUGUCGGCGAAGAGCGUUCUAGAAGCAAGACUAUGGACGGUGAGUUGCCCAAGGCCAUUACUGGCGACGAGAACUUCCGUCCAAGACAGGCUUUAGUCCCGAAUCCCUUCGUGGAAUCUUUCCUAUACCGCUACGCCAACCUCCGGGUUCUGCACGCCACGAACAAGAGUGCAGCCAAACUUCUCAUGACAUCGAGACGCGACGCGUCGGUGGCCGGUCCUAUUUUCAGAGCGGCUCAUGGGCAAGGCUACAAUACCGAUGGUCAUCGACUUGUCGACGAGAGCCGAACAGCCAUCGUUGCUCUCAUGCGCGGUGGCGAACCCAUGGCCCUUGGUAUUAGCGAGGUGUUCCCCAGUGCCAUCUUCAUUCACGCCAAACAUGCCACCGAGCUCACGAAGGAGACUCUUAUGGGAGUGCAAACGCUUCUCUUGGUUGAUUCGGUGCUGGAGAUCCGCAUCGUUGUUGUAGCCGGCGUUGUUCAGGUCAAGGCCAUCUCGAAUGUGUUGGAGCCACUUGCCUGUGGAGGAGACCUUAGUCUCCUCGCACUUCGGCUGUCGGACAACAAGUUCACUGGAAGCGGGGGUACGUAUACUGGUAAGCGACUAUUCAACACUACGCAUUAA